UAUAAUUGUAUUUUUCCCAUGGAUUUCUGCCUUCGAUUUCCCCUAAAUUUUAUUCCAUUGACCUCUUCUGAGUUAAAUAUGUUUUUUUACUAUUCCUUUCGUUCGAAUUCCAAUUUGGGAUUUUGAUAAUGCCUGAUUAUAAUAAUUAUUGGAUUGAUUCUUGAUGGGUCAUUAAUUUGAUGAUGAUAUGCGCUCGUUUAUUUCUCUUUCAAAUCCAUUUUACCGUUUCCAGUUCUGGUUGUUUAUAUUAUUGUAGAAUUAGAGUUUCCGAGCAAUUUACUGGUUUAUUGUUAUCCUUUUUCAGAAUUUCGCAGUGCAUUUAAAUCAUAUUUGGUUGUCCUUGGUUCCAAAUAAAUAAAAGUUUAGUUAUUUUUAAGCACUGUGAACAUUAUUUGCUUAUUUAAAAAUAUGGGGCACUUGGAUUUUUAAGGCGUGCAUCUACAAUAACAGAAUCGACGAAUCUUUAUUUCGAUGAUUCUUAUAUUGGCAUCACCAUAGUAAGGAGGAAGCCAAUUUUUUGAGUAAAGGGGCUGUAUAUUUUUGUGAUAGUAUUCAUCCUUGGGUGAAGCAGAAAUGAUUGGGGAGUUGGAUCAAUUUGUUUGGUGUAUUACCCUUCCUCUAAUUGCUUGUUUGGUACGCUGUAUCAUACACGACUAGAUUCUUAAUGUCACCAAACAAGCAAUAAUUUUCUGAAGCAAAAUAAGAAGAUUUGGAGUUUUGUAUUUAAAUCUUCCAAUUGCAGUCUUUUUCUUGAAUCAGUGAAGCACGUAUAAUUUCCAACGCAACGUGUAUAUAUUCAAAAUUUGGCUCUAUUGUAUGGAAUAAUUUCAGAGAGGUUACUUUUCCUGAGUUUAGAAUAUUUAGGUAUACACAAUAGUGAGAACAAGUAUAAAACAAAAGAAUGCAGAUAGCACAAUAUAUCUUCAUAUUUUUCUUUUUCAGUUUCAUAUGGAAGAAACUUCUCUUUGCACUGAGGUUUCAACAGAUACACGAAGUUGUCAGACUCUGCGAGAAAUAGAUGACGAGAAAACAGCACUAGAGGAUCAAAAUGGAAUUCAUGAUGGAAACAAACAUGAAGGAAGGAAAGAAUUCGUUGCCCCUGCUAUAGGAAUGGAGUUUGAGUCCUACGACGAUGCUUACAAUUAUUAUAAUUGUUAUGCCAGAGAGGUUGGAUUUAGUGUGAGAGUAAAAAACUCGUGGUUUAAAAGAAAUAGCAGAGAGAAAUAUGGUGCUGUACUUUGUUGCAGUAGCCAGGGUUUUAAAAGAGUUAAAGAUGUAAACCAUUUGCGGAAGGAAACAAGAACUGGUUGUCCUGCAAUGAUAAGGAUGAGGUUAUUGGAUUCUAAAAGGUGGCGGAUACUUGAAGUUACUCUCGAGCACAACCAUUUGUUAGGUUCAAAAGGGUUCAAGUCGAGUAAAAUGAUGGCUGCCAGAACCAAGAGGAAAAUACAGACGAACUCUGAAUCGGACAUGCAACCAGUGAGACUGUACCGGGCCGUAGUGAUUGAUGCAGGAGGUUAUGAGACCUCAAAUUUAGUCCAAACAAAGGUCAGAACUUCAUGUGAUCGUCCUGAUCACUUGAAUUUAAGAAAAGGUGACACACAAGCAAUUUAUAAUUACUUUUGUCGAAUGCAGUUGACGAACCCAAAUUUUUUUUACUUGAUGGAUCUCAAUGAUGAAGGGUGUUUGAGGAAUGUCUUCUGGAUGGAUGCUAGAUCUAGGGCCACAAGCAGUUACUUCAGUGAUGUUUUGUUUUUGGACAAUACUUGUUUGUCAAACAAAUACGAGAUCCCCCUCGUGUCAUUUGUUGGCAUAAAUCACCAUGGUCAAUCCGUUUUACUUGGUUGUGGCAUGCUUGCAGGUGAGACAAUGGACUCUUACAAUUGGCUAUUCAAAGCAUGGCUUACAUGCACAUCCGGACAAUCCCCACAAACCAUUAUCACAGACAGAUGCAAGGUUUUGAAGAGUGUGGUGGCCGAUGUGUUUCCAAAGUCUCAUCAUCGAUUUAGUUUGUCACACAUUAUGAGAAAAGUUCCCGAGAAAUUGGGUGGACUGCGAAACUACGACGCUAUAAGAAAGGCAUUGCUUAAAGGAGUUUACGAGACUCUGAAGCCUUGUGAUUUUGAUGCAGCAUGGGGAUUUAUGAUCCAGCAUUUUGGAGUAGGUGAUAACGAGUGGCUUAGGUCAUUAUACGAGGAUCGAGCUAUGUGGGCUCCUGUUUGUGUAAAGGACACCGUUUUUUUGGGAAUGGCAACUGCAAGACCCGGCGAGACCUUAAAUGCGUUUUUUGAUAAGUACGUGCACAAGCAAACUCCAUUGAAAGAAUUUCUUGACAAGUAUGAAUUAGCGUUGCAAAAAAAGCACAAGGAAGAAGCCACUGCAGAUUCAAAUUCAAGGAGCUCAAGUCCCGAAUUGAAAACAAGAUGUGCAUUUGAGUUGCAGGUGUCCAAGGUAUAUACUCCAGAAAUAUUCAAAAAAUUUCAGUUGGAGGUUGAGGAAAUGUAUUCUUGUUUCAGUACUACACAGAUACAUAUUGAUGGACCGGUUAUGAUUUUUCUAGUGAAGGAAAGGGUUCUCAGUGAAGGAAACCGGAGAGAAGUUAGGGAUUAUGAAGUUUUGUACAAUCGAGUGGCAGCCGAAGUUUGUUGCAUUUGCAGUUGCUUCAACUUCUAUGGCUACUUAUGCCGACAUGCAUUGAGUGUACUCAACUUCAAUGGGAUAGAGGAGAUCCCAUCAAAAUACAUAUUAUCGCGGUGGAAAAAGGAUUACAAGCGUUUAUUUAUACCAAAUCAUGGGUUGAGUACUACUGAUGCUGGUGAACGGGUGCAACGCUUCAAUCAAUUGUACAGAAGUGCAUUGCAAGUGGUGCAGGAGGGGGUGAUCUCUCUAGACCAUUAUAAGGUUGCAUUACGAGCAUUUGAAGAGUCGUUGGAUAGAGUUCACGACGUUGGAGGCAAACACAAAUAAAGACCUCGUGUAGUGUAUUGAUGUGAAUUCUUUUAGUGCCGGGCCAGUAGAACAUAAGAGUACUUCCAGCUCUAUGUAUGAUACAAUGCUGGAAGAAGCAAUUUAACUGGUUACAUGUAACCGUUUUUUCUUUUUUUCUAGGUACCCAUAACUUCAGCUGAUUGUGGCUUUAGUUGUCUUGGUUUAGAAAUUAUACCUCCUCUGUAUUUUUCUUAUUUGGUUGAUCUUCUAAAUCAGUAAAAAUAACCAAAAAAGGAAGGCUUAAUUGCA